AGACAUAAUGUACGUAGACGCCUCAAGGCCUGACGCUGCCUGUUGGCGCUCUCGUAUCGGCGCGGCCGCCAUCUUGGAUGGGUCCCCCGUUCGCCUCCAGUGCAUUAAGGUAAGCAUGGAUGCCCAACCAUGUUGAUAAUAACUCUCCGAAUCUCUGGCCGAUUUACAUACUGUUUGGUUUGUUACAACGGCAGGGAUGUAGCAAUAAUACAGGACAAUGUCACACAUUAAAAAAAUGUAUAUUUUUUUCAAUCAUAUUUGUGAAAUGUAAUCCUACGUGAUCUGGUUUCAAUACUGCGUCGGUUUUUGUCAACCAUAGAGUGCAAUGAAACGGGCAUAGUUGCUCGUUCUCCAUUGACCCCGUUUGGCGCCUGUGCGAACCUGGAAUGGGGAGACCCAUCCAAUAUGGCAGCGACGCGGGAUUACGCUCCAGCACGUAAUGAGGCGUCUACGUGUAUAAUGUCUAUGCCCGAUUCCGUCCUGGAAACCAGAUUCGUAAUGCGCCCAUACGAAACGUACGUCACUUCCUCUAUCAGCCAUCAAUGGAAACCAUCUUAUAUACAGUCUAUGAUGGAAACCGAAAUCCGCACAUGGUGGCCAUCUUGCUUCAGGCAGCUGGCCCACUCAACAUUACAGUCUAUGGUGCAUGUAGCAUUUACAUAACCAUAGAUUGCUUAAUAUUAAACCGAUUUUCGAACGGUUUGUAACAAGCCUCAGAGUUUUAGUUAUGUUCUUGCAUACUCAAGAAUAAAUUCAACUAUGUAUUUUCAUUAAGCAGAUAGGCAGAGCAAUAGCUUUAGGCCUACGCCAUAAACUGUACAUAUAAUGGACAGCGUCUGAUACCUUGCUGGUGAAGCCACUCCGGGUUAUACAGACUGCCGUAUAGGUCAUAAAUCUCACCUCUGCCAGCAAAGCCUACAGUGCUUUGGACAAACUUUAGAAGUUUAUUACACAUAACAUAUUUUUUUCUCCCCCUGCUUGCAGUGUUGACAUAUAGUUACAGUAAGACUGUUUUGUGCUCAAAUCCUCUUUUUUCUGUGCAACUCAGUUUUUAAAAGUUAUUAGGGGGUUCAUGUUUUCUUUGAUUGACACCUGAUACAGCCUUUGACGGUUGGAGAGGUAAGAUGAGAUCCAUGAGAGUGCGGUGUUAGUGAUGUGGAGGUCGGAUGAUAAACACUUCAGAAGGAUGGAGUAUUUGAUGGUGUCGAAAGCGGCAGACAGGUCCAGGAGGAGGAGGAUGGUAAGUUGGUUGGAAUCAGAGGCGAGCAGGAGGUCAUUUGUGAUUUUUAGCAGUGCUGUUUCUGUGCUGUGCUUGUUGUGGAAUCCUGAUUGGAACGGUUCAAGCAGGUUGUUGGAUUGGAGGUGGGCUGUGAGUUGUGAGGCGACGGCACAUUCUAAGAUCUUUGACAGGAAUGGUAGAUUGGAAAUAGGGCGGAAGUUGCUGGGACAGUUGGGGUCAAGGCCGGGUUUUUUCCUGUUUUUUCAGGAUGAUGGCGGCCAGUUUGAGGGAUGGUGGGACAGAGCCGGAGAUGCACACACAGGGCGCAAGGAAUGCAACAUCCUCUGCUCCUCAGAUGCAAAUGUUGGAGCAAUUGUUGUUGUUGAUGUUUUAAGAUCAAAACAAAACCUUUAUUUGACUUGACGAAUGCACAUUUGUAACAUUCACACAGUGAACAACAGGCGCCAUUAUUGGGGCGUGUGUGUGAGAGAGGGUUGUGCUUGGGAAGCUAGGAUGAGUGAGUAAAAAACACCCCAAAUAUGUUUAGAACUACAAAUGAACUUUAUUCUGUCCAUUCUUGUUUUUUUUUUAAUGUCACAACAAGUUUUUCAAUUCGUCGAUAGAGGGGUCUGAAAACUCGCCAAAUAUAGCAACAAGGCUGUAAGUUGGCAACACUGGCUGUGAGGUUAUGAUGUGAAUAUGUGUGAAUAAUGUGCUCCUAUCCCUGAUGUCCCUGGGUGAUAUAUGGCCAAAAGAAUGUAUAUCAUGUAAGUGAAAAUUGCAGGAAAAUGCGUAUUUUUGUGAUUUAAAGAGCUCUAGUGACUUCCAUGUUGGUCUAAGAUGAACACAUACAGGCUUAAAUGAAAGCCACAAGGGUCCCCUUUAAAAUGAUACCAAACAGUCUAUUGUAAACCUUUGAGAACUGUCCCUGCCGUGAGCCUAAACCAGAUAUACACCAGAGUAAGAAAAUCAAAUUUAUCUUAAGGGGUGGUUAACUUCAUGAGCUGCUAAACAAUAUUUAGCUAGGCACCUGGAAAGGUUAUCAUACAAAAAUAUAAUCUACAGACAUGUAUCUUGUCAAAAAUCAUGAUGAACCUUUGCCACCCUGAGGUGUACCAAAUAGUGAAAUUCUGGCCUCUGGCCCAUAGCCUCAAAUUGUAAUGAACGCUGAUAAAAGUGAGUAAAAAAGUGAGUAAAAAACACCCCAAAUAUGUUUAGAACAACAAAUUAACUUUAUUAAGUCGAUUCUUCUCUUUUUAAUGUCACAACUACAGCCCUCCUCCUUUAUCCGGGCUGGGGACCGGCAAAAUUGACUCAAUUGAGACAAUUUGGCGGAGUUACUGUUUUUUUUUUAUUUUUUAUUUUUUUUUAUACAUAUAAAAAUAUUUUUUUAAAUACAUUUUUUAAAAUAUUUUAUUUUUUUAAUAAUUUUGAAAUGGCUUGUAGGGUGUCUAUGGCAAUGGGGACUCAGGGAUGAUCUGGAACACUUGGGGCUGGUGCACUUUUCCUCAUCCUUUUCUUUUUCUUGCCCUGAAAAACAACAUAACAUUGUUACAUUUCUGACCUGGUAACACCAGACUAUGCAGUGUCAGUAGUAUAAAGCAGCUUUUGAAAUCUCACAUCACAACAUUUGUGAUGCUGCUGUGUAUAGAUUGUGUACUUACAUAGUUGUUGAUGGCUGACCAACCAGGGUACAGCCGACUGUGUUUUUCCUUUUCCACUCUGGCCAUUUCUUUAAAGUCCCCUCUCUGUUCCUCUGUAAGCUUCUUCCACUGUGAACAGACAAAAACAUAUUGUCAGAAACACACUCAUUUCCAUACUGGAUCAACAUUAACAGUUACAGUGAAAAGAUAAAGUAAAAAUCUUUGAUUUAUUUAAACCUGAGUGAACCAUGUCCUGACACACUUACCCACUGGCCGAGGAAAGCGUUCAUCACUGCGCUCCCUUUCUCUGCAACUUCAGAUGGUACAUCUUCUCUGUACAUCCUCAUAAACAUCAUGAAAGCAUUUGGUGGCUUUUUGAUGUAUGAGCUGUCCUCCUGCUCCAUUUCCCUUUUUCUUUUCCUGUUGGUCAAAAUCAGAGAGAAAGUUAAUGUUGUUGCUCUAUCAAACUUUUUUAAUUGAAUAAAUGUUAAGGUAUGUCUAAUGUCAUUUCCAUUCUCUUUGCUUAUUAUCAUGAUCGUUUAUGAAUAAAAUACAGUUUGAGUAAUUUGAAUCAAUACAUACCUUGAGUUGGAGGCUGUGGGAAGAGAAACAGCGGGACUGGCACAUGCAUGCUGUUGGUCAAAGAGCUGAAGGGCAUCUUCAACUCUUGUGACCUCUGCAAACUGUCCAGCCCCACUGUUUGCUGGGUGAGGGGUGGUGUUAAACCCCAAACCAGCAGGGUAUGUUGGGGAUGGAGGUGGAGGUGAAAAAGACGGCAGAGGUUCAGUGUACAGGAUCUGGAGCAUGUCAUCCGCCAGCAGGUCACCAUCUUCAGCCAGUGUCUUUAACACUGUGCGGGGACUGUCCAAUGGGCUCUCUAAGUCAAAAAGCUUGAGUACAUCCUCAGUUGUGAACUCCGUAGCCUCUUCAUCGGAACAUUCUGCUGAAUGAGGUGGGGUGCUAAACCCAAAACCAGCGGGGUGUGUUGCUGAUGAAGGCAGAGGAUCAGUGGUCUGGCUCUGCAUUGGAAGGUAGUUUGCCUCAAAGAGCAUGUUGUCACACAGUGUCUUGAAGACUGUGUGGGGACUGUCCAAUGGACUCUGUAGAUCAAAGUUGAGUAGAGCUUCAAAUGUAAAGUCCUCAAAAUCUCCACUGGAACUGCCUGCUGAGUGAGGGGGGGUGUUAAACCCAAAACCAGCCUGGUAUGUUGGUGGUGGAGUUGUCAUGAUUGACAAAAACUGCUCUUCUUCUCAAUAACUUGGCUGACUCGGCUGAAAUACUCUUCAAACUUUGUCGCGCUCAAGUAGACUUUGGCUAUCCUGCUUCGGUCUGGAGGUGAAGAGACUUCUGUUUCAGUUACUGACUAACCUCUGAUGUUAUCAGUCAUGCUUGGUGACAUCACCUCAAUUUUAAAAAAUGCCGUGCAGGAGGACACUCCAUUCAAUUUUUAAAAAAUGCCAAUCAGAAUCUGCAAUCAUGACAUAUGGAGCCAGAUCAGGCUCAAAAGUAUUGAAAAAGUAGUGUAAGUGAAAAAAUAAAAAGUGAAGUGAAAAAAUAAGAUUUGAACCUGAAAAAAAUAAAAUGGUACCUGAAAUGGUUCAUUUUCUUUUCUUCCUCUUCGCUUGUCUCGCUGCGAGAUGCGGUCGUCGCCAUGUUUGUGUAUUUCUGAUGCUAUGGCAACGAGACUCGGCUCCUAUUGGUUCACGUGACAAAAAUCGCUUCACCCCCUGCAUAUUCGAUUGCGCGUGUGCGUAUUACUACGCCGCAGAAAGGAAAUAGUUCGACACCGAAACACUGAUUACUAAAAAUCGACAGGAUGACAUGAUUAGAUAUAUUUUUUUUAGUACUUACUAUCAAUAGAGCUUUUUAAUGAAUCACAGUUUAUAUUGUACACUAAAGUGGAACGAACCAACACGAUCUCAUUCAGCCAAUACAGCCUAAUUGUAGGCUAAGCUAAUGUGUAUUCAUGCCACUUCCUGAACGCAGGGUGAUGGGGUGGGGAAGGACGGGGAGGCCUGUCACUCAUGGUAGACUGCGCCCCUCUCAGUCGAGGCCCACCCCCACGGAAAAACAGGCUCAAAAGUCAACCUGAAACUUUUCAAGUUGAAUCUGAAAAAAGAAGAUCUGAAUCUGAAAAAAAAAAAUCUGAAACCGAAAAAAAAGUUUUGAAUCCGUAAAAAUAAGAUCUGAAUCUGAAAUAAAUAAAUAAAAUUCAAUCGAAAAAAAAAAGUACUCAAAGAUCGAAAUAUACAUUGAAGUGAAAAAUAGAAAUAAGUAAUUUAUUCAAAAGUAUUAAAAAACAGAAUCAAAGUUACAUUUGAACAGAUUUUUUUCAUGCAUUCUGGGAUUUUUCAAAGUUUCAGGUACCAUUUUAUUUUUUUCAGGUUCAAAUCUUAUUUUUUCACUUCACUUUUUAUUUUUUCACUUACACUACUUUUUCAAUACUUUUGAGCCUGAUCUGGCUCCAUAAUGACAGACUUGAUCUCAGUCAAACUGCAGUAAAUCUUUUCUAUACAGUUUUGAUUGGAUGUAUAGGUGGUCUCUAAAGCAAUGGUUGCAUCAUGAGUUGAUGGGAGGGGAUGACAUGAUGUUGUUGUGUUGCUUGCGUGUUUUAACACCUUUGAAUGCAGUGAGACUUGCAUGUGUCCACUAACAGUGGUUUUGCAGCUUUUGGGCCUCAUUUUUAGGUCACCAUGAUUUUCACAUUUGUUUUUGAAUUGUGUGUGUGCGUGCAUUUAUCAUCAUUUGAAAAUCUUUAAUUUUGCUUGUGAAUUGUUGAAAAAUGUGUUUGUGGAUGAUUUUUUUGUUGUAUUUUAUGAUACAGGUUCCCACAGUUGGACUUGACAUAUUGGAAGAAAAGUAGGAUCAUCAAACAGAGCAGCAGAUACUCUCAGGUGAUGUUAUUUAUCAUCCGUGUUUGUAAAUUUCAUCAGUGUUUUAAUUACUGGAAAAUUAAUGAUUGCGUUGUAGAUGAAACACGACUUAAAGAAAACGUAGAGAUCAAAACAUCAGGGUUACGAUUUAUUGAAUUUAUUCACAAAAAAUCACAAAUCAGCUGACAUUAAUGUGUUUUUUAAAUUUUAUUCACUGCAUGAAAAAACAAACAGUAUGAUUGACUUUUCUGUAAAUUAAAUCAGUCUAAGGUUUUUUGUCAUGACUUUAAAGUUACGGUACUGCUAAAGCAGCCUUAUUUUCAUAUAAUGUUGUUUUGAAACCAGAUAAAUAUGGACAAAACAAAACAAGUUGUCUUUAAUUCUACCUGUAAACUCUGGUGGUUUCCUAAAAAAAUAAAAACCUCAAUCAAAUAUAACUGUCCACGAGAGGGCGCUGUUUCUACACAAAACUGCCCUGCUAUAAAUAAUGACUAUUCCACUUAAUUUAAAAUAAAAAAUCAUAUACCAACACAUUUUAUGCAUCUUUAUCAACAUAUUUAUGGAUAAUUCAAUAAAUAAGUACACCUUUGUAUCUGACAGAAACAUACUUGUAGUAUAAAUUGUGACAUGUUAUUAUGUUAUUUCCAGUUGACUUGGUGUCUUUAAAUUUUCACCCACCGCUGACUUCCUGUCUCAUAACUCCCCAGUUUACCUCUCUGGAAACACUGGGGGGAAACCCCACCCACCGGGCCUGUUUCCCAGGACUUGCUUCAAGAUCACCUUUGUGCCGAGCGGGUCUCGAACCAGAGCUGCUGCAUUAGGAUGUCCGUUGCAUACCACACUGCGCCACCGGAAACCAUCCACAGCUCCGCGCUGUUUUAUCUUGGUACCUUUGGCUCCUGGACUUUAAAAUUCAUUGUGGAUAAGGUUUGAACACACAACCUCAGGAGACCCAGCCAGUCUCCUUAUCCUUUGAGCCAUGUGGACACUCAGAAGAAUUCAGUUUUUUUACUAUUUCACUGUCCUUUCUAGACACUAGACUUUAAAAUUCACCUUGACCUAGGUAAGGUGAGGCUCCAACCCACAACCUCAGGAGUCAAAGUCAGUCUUCUUAUGCUCUGAGCCACAUGGAGACACAGGAGGGUUCCAUUUUUUUCCUAUUUCACUGUCAUUUCUAGACACUAGACUUUAAAACUCACAUUGACCUGGGUAAAGAUUAAACUCGUGACCUCUGGAUUCCCUGAUUAAAAGAGAGACACACUGUCACAGUGUGUUUGUGAUUUAUAUUGUUUUGUACUUGUCCCUUUUCUCUUCAUAUGAUACACUUGCUAACGAUGCCUCUGUUAUUGUAUUGUACAUGCUCUAGUUAAAGAAGUCGUAACAAAAGUAAAAUCCUACUCCAGUUGUUUCUUCAGUUAUUUUGCAAUUGGCGUUGCAGUUUAUCAAGUUUCCCAAAUCUGUGAGCAGGUAUGUCUUAUUCUCAGACCAACCAAAUUAUAGGCUAUCACUUCAGCACUUUAAACUUGCCUAUAAACUCAGGUUACAUUUCCAAAAUUCUCUAUGCCAACAAAAAAAUCCAGCUACUCUUAAAGGGAUAUUCUAGUGUAAAAUUCAUUUAGGGUCAAACACACAGUAAUACCGAGUUAGGACACCACUGACUGCUGUGUAUUGCUAUCAUGCGGUCGUUACCAAAGUUGGUAUAACUAGAGAAGCAAGCGUUCAACAACAUUAAUCUCUCGAGGGGAUGUCUAACUCGGUGAUCUGGUGUGUUUGACCCUAAAUUAAUUUUACACCGGAAUAUCCCUUUAAAUGACACAAUCUUGUCAGACAGAAAAGGAAUUUGAAUUCAGGUUGAGGACUUUAAUUAAAAGCACUCAAACAAAUUUCUGAUGAAGUUUUGGGCAUUUUGUUUGAUUGGAUUUGUUAAAAUUGAUUUGACAAAUUAAAAACAAUUAUAAAAAAGGGAAAACAGUUUUUUUCUGUGUGUGUGUUUACCCAAUUCAAAACAUGUUAUAUUUCCUACACUCCACUAGGCGGCGUGUUUGCAUCGUUUUUUGUAACUGUCUUUUUAUCUCUAACUCAUAGAAAUACACUUUAGAGGAAUAAACACAGCAUUAAAUAACAGUAUCAGACUUUUAUUUGAGGCAGCAUUGUUGCCCAUCAUCAUAUGUCUUGUUUUUUAUUGACAGUGGGUCUGUGAGGGGGUGAUGGUGACAGUGCGCCUCCUCCUCUCUCUGAAGCUCUGCUCUUUUGAACCCAAAAAAGUUCCCUCAUGUGAUUUCACUGAGUCGCAACUGUUGCAACAGAGUUGGCAUUCAGUCCUGCAUGCUGCCUGACCUGCAGGCACCAAUAUGACUUCAUCUAAUCUGCAGGUUUCAUUCACCAGAGCCACUCGGGAUUUAUUUGGGAUUGCUCCGUUUUUGUCACUCGAGUAAAACACUUGGGAAGUAAUGGGACUACUUUCUGUCCGGAGCCGCUCUUUGAGGGAAAGUUGACGGACUUUACGGAUGAGCCAGAGGAGCGAGGACGCGCUGAGACACCGCCGCUCAUUAUCAUGGUGGGUAUGGAGGGCGGACAAACUGUCCCUUAUCAUAACGCUCGAGGGGUUUUCACGUCCAGUAAUAAGACAUUGGGAAGUAGCUGCAAUGAAGUCAGUUUAAAAGAUCAAGAUAUUACAGCCUACUUACAUUGUUUUAGUAGCUGCUUUUCUUAAAUUUUUACUGUUUGUCCUGAUGACCUUUUAACUUUGCUUUUGCUUUGCAGAGGCCCUGACUAUUUGGUUAUUUAACUUUACCAACUAGGCUACUGACUUUCCCCAAACAUAAGAUUCAAUUCAACUUUGACAAAUUUAUGAAUUAGCAGCAAGUCUCUUUCAUGCACUCAAACCAUUAUCACACAUGCCUUCAUUUUCUGACAAUAAAUAUGCACUAUGAGCACUUCAUGUACACCUAAAAGUGCAAAAUCACCACACUGUCCAUACACGUACUAAAACCAGCGUGAUUUUCGCCUCCACCCUGAUCUUAAUUAAGCUUGUGGUGCCUGCAUGCCUCUCUCCUGUUCUCCACCCCUUCCCUGAUUGAUAAACUGUGACUACUAAUAACAUUGAAAAUAUAUUCUGUCCCUGUGGAUAUGCUGUAGUGGAAAAAGUUGACUCCAACAACCAAGAAAAUAAAGUCUAAGUAUGUCAACAGAAACUUUUUAAAAGUCUACAACACAGACCUGACCACAGUUUCCUUUCCAGGUGCACUCAUUACAUUUCCUGUAACUCAAGUGCAAUAUACUUCAGCUUGGUGUCAUAAGUCAGUGACUGUCACCAAAAUAGAACAAACUGAUUGCACUGCGGAAAACAAAAAUCUCCAUGUAUACAAAUGGACCGUGAUUAUAUUGUGCUGGGGCCUUUCUUCUGGUAAAGUACGUACGCUAUUAAGAGAGAACUAAAUAACAGAAUUUAUACCGCUCAGGGAUGAUUAUGGAUUAUUUCUUUAGAGCUCAGCAUUAGGCUGAAAUGGUGACAUGUCACAAAAAUGAGGAAUCAAGUCACCACUGAUAACCUGUUUCAAAUUUAGCGAAAAAGUAACAACUAAGAGGCUGUGUCAAGGUUGAUCAAAUAAUCUACAAAUCAUUUAAACUGGUUACUUGAUUUUUCAGUUUCUAAAAGGUUAACUUAAAUGUUAAAGUUGCUGAAUUCCCUAAUCCAAAGGAAACUGCAUGAGUUAGACUGUCCACCAAACCUCCAGACUUUAUAUUUCAGCAUAAAAGACAAAAGAAAAUCAGCAAAUCCCUAAAUUUACGAGGACCAUAACACCAAAUAUGUUACAUUUUUGCUCUAAAGUGAGGAGAAUAUUUUCAAUUAAAAACAAAUUGCUGAAAGUUUGAUGUUUUUCCAGGUUCCUCAUCAAUGCAGUAUUGUUUUGUGUCAUGAUUUUGAACUAUUCACGUAACAAAAACAUGAAGUCCUUUACAGACAUUUGUCUAAAAUUCUGAUUUUAACACUAAUAUUUCUUAGUAGUUACCUAUAAAACUUGUGUAGUCCAGACUACAGCAAUAUAUAACAUUUUAUACCUUAAUGCUUUCCUUUUUGUGUAACCUCUUACAUUUUUUUGGCAUAAUCUUAAAUAGUAUUUUGCACUAAUUUAUAUUUUAUUUCAAUAUUCAAUAGAAUAAAAUGCCAUGAUGUAAUAUACAUGCUUACAUAAUGCGUUGAAAGGAUCCUAAAGAGUCCCCUUAUCACUGCUGGUUACAUAUUAACACAGCACAGUGCCGUUAAAAAGAGUAUACAUGUUAAUACAGUAGCACAUGGUUGCAUUACAUCAGUAAAAGUCGGUCUGUUUGUCUUCCCAACAUAUUUACUUAGAAUACAAGGCAGCCAUUGAAAGCAUUAGUAACAAGAUGAUAAAUGGUGGGAUGGUGGUUUUGUCAUGAACAGAUGAUCCAAAGUGUCAUAUGCCUCAGUGGUUUGUGAAUAUUCAAGAAUCUCCGCUCAUGUGUGUGGGUUUGCUUUUUUUUCCCCCCUUCACACAGCAGAUGUAAUAAGCUGAGAUAAUUAGAGUACAUCUAAUUUACCACAGAAAUGACAAAACCUUAGAGCACUUGUUUUCUUUGAAGAGUUAUUGAUGGAGGCUUUUUCAGACAUAUUUAAAUCACAUAUGGAAGGGAAAUGUGAAGACUUGGUUUUUAAUGAUGUAAAAUAAACUUAUUUUAUGUGUUAUCAGACCAGUGAAAUUGAUUUUGGUGUUUGUCUCAAUGUGUUCAGGAACAAAGUGACUAUCUCCCUGCUCGGACAUGACUUGUUACAUUCAGGGUGGUUAAGUCGUUGACCCCGUGACGUGUGAAUGACCUGGCAGUUUACGCUCCACAAUCCCAGCCCAGAAGACGGUUUGGAGUCCCUCCUGUGCAAAGAGACCUUUGUGGUUGUGGCAUGCGGCAGGAUGGUGCAAGACAGAGCAGAGUUUUUUCCCCCUCAGUGAAAACGUGCCUCAGUACACAGGCCGUUCACCUUUUCAUUACAUGCCGAUCCACGUCAACACUGCUCCAUCUGAGCUGUAAACUUCCCUCCUCUCAGAGAGAAUUUCACAGACGGUAUACAACCAUCUCUUUUGUUUAGACUGCAUGCUUUCUUGGACUGGCUUCAGUGCUCCAAACUGACCUUGGACAGAGGUCGCAAAAGGAUGUGAGAACUCGACCUCCAGACGCGGUCAUGUAUUGGGCUUCGAGACUUCCUGCACAGUGCUGCUUGUUUCUUGUCGAACACCUGACUGCUGUGCUGUAGCAGGUGAAAGCUUAGUCUGUUGCUUGUGACUCUGCUGAUUAAUAGCAGCAGUUUUGCUAAUGGGUUGGCCCCUGAGGCUAGACCUGCCAUCAUUUCCCAGACACACUCAAGACUGUGUGUAACUCCUGACAGAUCUGACAAACAAAUGUUCUCUCAAACCCAGACGUGAGACUUGGGAUGUAAAAAGAGUCACUGUACAAACUGUGUGCAUACCUGAAUACUUAUAAACCUCUAAUUCUCUAUAAUUUCUGUGGACAUAAAUCAAAACUACACUUUGGAAAUUUCCUCAGAGUGUCUUAUUUACUUUUAAAGCUUUUGACAACUCUAUGAAAGACAAGAUAAAGUUGAAUUAGGCUUAAAUCCAAAGGUGAUCCAAGGAUUUGCGCUGAGUUACCAUUAUCCUAAAAGUAGACUAAUGCCAGUUUUUCAGGAUGCACAAGAAAUUCCCAAAGAGGCAUCAUUAAAUCCUUACUUAGCUUAAUAUAACCCCCUACUGUUACCAUCUACAGAUCACCAGAAGUAGUGAAUGGCCUGCAGGCUCACAGCACUACAAUUUACGACUCCAUGACAGGCAGGCUUUCCCCUUCAAUUUCAGCACCGUGCAGUUUUACCUCUCAGCGUUUGGACAUGCGUCCCCCUCAGUCUCAGCCAGUGUUUCAGACAGCACAAAAGGCAUAUUAUAAGGAAGCAGCAGGCAUUAGCCCACCACCAGAUGGUUUACUGCAGAGCUAGCCCAUGUCACCAAAGGCCUCCUCUGUUGAAAAGAUCUCCUCCCAGUGUUGACAUGAAGAAGCAGCUGGCAGUUUGGACCACAGGCUGCACUACUAAAUAUCAGUGGGAGGUUGGAUUAUCACCCUAACCUGGAGAGCCCUAGAGCUUCUUUGCACACUGUUUGGCUGUCGUAGAGUUACAGUUUAAUGACAAAAUUGUUCUUGAUUAUGCCCUCAAAGUUGUUUUUCUGCUCAUUUUUUAAAAUCACUCCUGCAAAGACUGAGUCAUAAAUGGCAACAAGCCUGCAGUCUCGCAUGGUGGGUGGGCAUGUUUCUGAAACGCACUGCUGCACUUAGAGAUAACAAGGACUUCCUCAUGGGAAGAACUGGCCAACACACUCAACUAUGUUCUAUUCUUACCUACUUCAGAUAUGGUAUUUUUGUCUCUGAGUCAAUGCCUCCAACACUGGUCUGGUGCAGGAUACAGUAAAGCAGCAUGAGGAUGGCAAAUAAACAGAGGAAGACAAGAGUCAUGGGAAGGAGAAGUGCUCGUCUCUGACUUGGCAUAAUGAUUUCGGUUUUAGAUACGCAACAACAGACUGCCAAUUUCCUCAUUUCUAUGAACAAAGCACCUCAUAGAGUUUCGACACCAAGAAUUGAGAAGUACUUACUUUGUUUGAAUGUGCAAAAUGUGUAACUGACAGGUCGAUGCUCAUUUCAUUUACAGGAUGAAACAUUGCCUACGAUGGGGAAUACAAAUAACUGGAAGGCUCUCUAAGAAGGCGGCUGGAGACUUGCGAGAUUGGCAGAACCUAUUAAGAAGAAGUCUGUAAAAGCAUAUCCAGGCAUCCAAGAAUGAGGAUCAAAUACACAAUAUCCGUCGUCUUUUUUGUGACACUUGUUAUCAUUGAGAAGGAAAACAACAUUAUAUCGAGGUAAGUCCAUUUCAGUGACAGAUGGACUGCUUUUUUGUGAUUCCCAGCAGGAUUUCGUGUUUUAUCUCUUCCAUAUAUUUAAAAUGUACAGUAAAAUCAUGUUCCUUUUUGAUUCUCAGGGUGUCAGAUAAGCUCACUCCAAGACAGACCCCUCAGACCCCUCUACAGCCCAGUGGUUCCUCCCAUGAACUGCUGAAGAACAAUGGCUCCUUUUCCCAACUGAACAAGAUGGACUCUGCCUUCACUUUGAUGAAACGGCGCCUGGAGAACUACAGCGAGUACCAAAGUCUGGUGACACGGGGCAGGAAACACAUCCUCCUGUUGGCGACCACCAGGACGGGUUCAUCGUUUGUGGGCGAGUUCUUCAACCAGCAGGGCGACAACAUGUUCUACCUGUUUGAGCCACUGUGGCACGUGGAGAAGAUGUUGACCCUGGAGACUGGGGGCACCAAUGCCACGGCGUCUGCAAAGGCGUACCGCGAUGUGAUCCAAAAGCUUUUCCUGUGUGACUUCUCCUUGUUGGAGAGCUUUAUCGAACCCUUACCUGUGGACCACAUCACACCAAAUCUCUUCCGCAGGGAGUCCAGCAGCUCUCUGUGUGAGGAGUCGGUCUGCAGUCCUGUGGUGAAAGGGGUCUUUGAGCGUUAUCGCUGCAAGACGAGACGCUGUGGGCCCCUGAAUUUGACAAUGGCUUCACAGUCUUGUCUUCAGAAGGAGCACAGGGCCAUCAAGUCAGUAAGGGUGCGCCAAUUGGAGACCCUUCGUCCCCUCGCUGAGGACCCACGACUUGAUGUGAGGUUUAUCCAGCUGGUUCGGGAUCCUCGGGCUGUUCUGGCCUCACGCAUGGUGGCCUUCGCCGCCAAAUACAAGAACUGGAAGCAGUGGGCUCUGGAUGGGGAUGUACCCAUCGAUGAUGACGAGGUGAGGAAGCUGAAAGGGAACUGCGACAACAUCAGGAUGUCUGCAGAGAUCGGCCUCAGGCAGCCGCCGUGGCUACGAAGGAGGUACAUGCUAGUGCGGUACGAGGACAUAGCUCGGUUCCCCAUGAGGAAGGCAACCGAGAUGUACAGGUUUGCUGGAAUCCCAUUCACUCCACAAGUGAAGUCCUGGAUCCUGAAAAACACCCAGGCCUCCAAAGAGGCCAGCGGUGUUUACUCUACUCAGAAAAACUCCUCUGAGCAAGUAGAGAAAUGGAGGUUCAGUUUGCCGUUUAAAAUAGCCCAGGUAGUUCAGAGGGUUUGUGGACCGACGCUGAAGCUUUUUGGGUAUAAAUUUGUAAGCAGUGAAGAAAUGCUUAUGAAUAAGUCCAUCAGUCUAAUCGAGGAUAAGAUGUUCAACUUUUUAUAGACUUUUGAAGAUGGAACUUUGAACCAUGAUGCAGGAAAAAAACACACGGGAAGCUUUCGGAAAACUCUGGAAUGACUGAUAUUUAUUUGGGUCGUGAUACAGAGAGCUUUAUAUUUUCUGGUACUGUAUUAUUUAAGUUUUUUUUUUUUUGACUAUUUAAAAUAGUGUGAUGAAGAAAAUGUAUUACUGAGCAGGAAAUGAGUAAAGCUUUCAGCUAAGGUGUUGGAGAAAACUUUGAAACUUUACAUGGGGGUAUAGCCUGAUGGAAAUAGAAAGCUAUCUUUAUUUUGCACUAUUUUCUCUGUCCAAAGCAAACUGUAUCACCAGCUUCAAACACUGUCCCAAACACUUCUAGGAACCUCGGCUAGCUAAUCGUAUCAAGAAACAUCCGAUAAAGCGAGGAGCGCUGCUUUUACACCAAAGAAACUUGAAAAGAGAAAUGCAUGUGCACAGCCAAAGAUGAUGUUCCUGUUAUGGGUGCUAAUAGCAGGAAGAUGAAAUACCAGUGUUUUACCAGGUGAUUCUAUGCAUGAGAUUUAUAAGUCAUAGUCAAUGCAUAAUUUAUUUGUUGCCUUACUUUGCUAAAAGUCCCAAUGACUCCAGCUCUGAAUGUGCUCCACAGGUGUCCCCCCGCCUUCUAUAGGGGUACUUUUUCUUGCACAAGUAUUCUGUAUUUUACUGUACAUGCAUGUUUAUAAUUGGCCAAAAGCUGUUUGAAGUUGUCCUCGGGACUGUAAGGACACAUUCUGUCAAAACAGAUGUUUACACUGCCACUGUAUGCGAGCAUUCCAACUGCAGCUGGUUUGCAGGAUUGUGCGAGGUUUGUCGGCAGCUCUCUGUCUGUUGACACAAGUCUGUUGGCUGGUGAUAAAAAGAGGCCCGGAUACUCUGACCUGCCAGGCUGUUUGCUGAUGUUCCAGUCUGUUCCUUUUUUCCUUUCUGUUUGUUGCAAUAAACCUUCUUUUUACAAAAACA